AACACCACAAAGAGGAAAACAUCUCCAUUCGGGUAUCACAGCACACCUUUCCAGUGUUCUCAAUAAAAGGUUCCCCGCAACCCUGUCACUAAUAAAUUAUGUUGCACAAAAGCUACCCGACUUUCAAUUAUAAAAACAGACACAGAUACAUAUUAGUCAAAUGAGAGUUAUUAAAAGGGAGACUUCCCUGCUCCCUGAGACCCUCCCCUGGGGGCCUGAUGGCAAGGGACAGCGAAUCGAACUUUCAGGUGGCCAGCGAGGUUCCAGUAUGUAAAUUCCCGUGUGUAAGUUCCAGUAUGUAGUUCCAGUGUGAAAGUUCUAGUCUGUAAUUCCAGUAUGAAAGUUCUGAGGAGUUCGUGCAGGGGCUCACGAGUCCAGUAGUCCAACUCGCCCGCCAGUCGCGGCGUUGGUCUAGGUUUUAACAAAGGCUUAUACUAAGGUUUCCUCCCCCCCUACAGCUAUCUUCACUGGCGGCGAUCCUACUGACCGCGACCAGCACAAUUCGUACCCGGUUUUGACCAACGCUCCCACAGCGUUUCGCCUGGACGCUCCAGAUCAACCUUGGACUCUCUCUCACCUAUCUUCACUGGCGGCGAUCCUACUGACCGCGACCAACGCUCCCCCAGCGUUUCGCCUGGACGCUCCAGAUCAACCUUGGACUCUCUCUCACGCACGUUGCUCCUCUGCAUGCUCAUAUUGUCUCCUACCCAGGUGAAAAAGCCUAAAAAGAAAAAAAAGCAAACACAAAAAAAUCAGAGGAUGGCAAAAAUGCUAUCUUCACUGGCGGCGAUCCUACUGACCGCGACCAGCACAAUUCGUACCCGGUUUUGACCAACGCUCCCACAGCGUUUCGCCUGGACGCUCCAGAUCAACCUUGGACUCUCUCUCACCUAUCUUCACUGGCGGCGAUCCUACUGACCGCGACCAACGCUCCCCCAGCGUUUCGCCUGGACGCUCCAGAUCAACCUUGGACUCUCUCUCACGCACGUUGCUCCUCUGCAUGCUCAUAUUGUCUCCUACCCAGGUGAAAAAGCCUAAAAAGAAAAAAAAGCAAACACAAAAAAAUCAGAGGAUGGCAAAAAUGAUUGCUCCACGUAGUCUAGUGAAAGUCAAGAAGGAGAAUGCUGAGGACCAUCAUCCACAUCAAAUCAUAGUGAAGUUUCAGCCACCUUCAGGUCCCGAAAAACAGACCAUUGACUGUUGUCAACUCAACACAGUGCUGGAGGCUAUAAAAUCAAAUGAUAAAGUAAAUGAAAUGAUUAAGUGUGCAGAUGAGAAUAUUAUCAUUCAGAUGGGUAGCGAGGAUAAGAAAUAUAUUGUUGCAACACAUUUCCCUUGUUCUUGCAUUAAGAAUAAUGAGUGUCUGACCAUAUCAUGUAAAUCAGAGGCGGUUGAGAAGGCUCCAGACCAACAUGACAAAACUAUAUACCCCGAAGACAGAUAUUCUGUCUUCUACAUUGAUAAACUGGGAGGGCUAAACACAAAACAAAAGGUGCUUUUUAGAAGCACAUGUGUCAAAGAAUACAAGUAUCUCUGUGUGUACGGAGAGAAAGAGUGGACAGUGGAGGAGGCUCUGAGAAGAGAUGGUCGCUUCAUUGAUGACCUGGGCGACUUCAGCCUGUCCAACAAUGAGGAUGCAGAGUGCCUAACGUACCGCACACAAACGGUUGUCAACUUGAACCAGAAAGAGUUUAAGAUACGUCUUCCCAGAAAGAAAAAAACAAAUAAAGAAAAUGCAGGAAAUCCAUCACUUAAUUCACAAAGCAUACGUGAACCAAGGUCAGUCACAGAUGUAGCACAUCAGAGGGGAAUCAGUGUAAAAACAGCAGUAGAAAAGGGAGACCGCAGCAUUGAGGAGAUUUAUGAGGAACUGCGUAAGCAGUUUCCAUAUCUAAAACAAUGUCUGGAGAGUAGAUUAUCUAGUGAUUCUUAUCAGAAAGCACUGGACCUAAGGAAGGAGAAUUUUGGAAAGAUCCAACAGUCUUUUAGUGAGGUCCACAGAGUCCGGAUGCUGCUCAAACUGGGCGCGUCAGUUGGCAAAAUCAUUGUUAAGAAUGUUUGUUACGCAACAUGCUUUGUCCUGUUUGACAGCCUUGUUCUGACUAAUGCACAUUUGUUUAAACAUCAUUUUGAAGGCAAAGAACUACAUAAUAUAGAGGUGUUUGUUCUUUUUAACUAUGAGGAUCCCCAGCCGAGUACAAAUUUCCAGUGCUUUACUUGCGUGAAUACAUUGGUUGACAUUGAUGUCAAGCUAGAUUAUGCGAUACUGGAGUUCGACCCUCAGAACGAAGAGGGACCAACAGGGCUCCUGAAGAAUUUCGGUAAAAUGCCUCAGACUGGUGAAGCCUGUAUUAUUGGUCACCCAGCAGGAGAAGUGAAAAAAAUGGACCCUACAUUUAUCAUUGCGAAAGAAAAGCGAGCAGACGCUGUUAAUGCUCAUUUAGAUCAGUACAAAGGCACCAUGUUCAUUCUCCUAUCAAUCAGUCAAACUCUCAAAAACAAAGGCAUUGAAAACAUAAUGAUGGAUACACAUGAUCCAGAAAUUGUGACCUACAACACUUUCAUGUACCAUGGCUCCUCUGGAUCCCCAGUGUUUGAUACUUUUGGGAAAGUUUUUGGUUUGCACACUGCAGGAUUUACCUAUGGGUUUCCAAAUCACGAAGAGAGUGUGAUUGAAUGUGCCCAUUCUCUUCUUGAAAUAUUUGAAAGGUUUGUCAGGAAUCUGAAGGGAGAUGGAAAUUUGGAGCUACUGGAAAAAGUUGAGAAAGCAGCAAAGGGAAACAAGCUCCUAGAAGAUGUACUCGAGGCAGCAGAUUACAAUGAGCCAAUGGACAUAAGAUAGUUAUUCAGAUCAGAGAAGUGGCAUACCACAUCUGACUAGAUAUUGACAGUAAUUUAAACUUUGAGUGUCACAAAACUUGUGCAGUCGUGUUUUAUCAUCAAAAAACUAUUUGUUUCUAUUUCAAAACCCCAUUUCCAUUUAAUAUGCCCGUAUAUCACCAUGCUUGAAUUAAUGCAAUAGCUUUUUUUACCUGCCUGAACCAAAACUCUAUUCAUUGACUCAGCUGCCAGGCUUCUUAAAAUUAGGCCUGAUCAUAUCAUUCCUGUUUUAGCCUCUAUACUGGCUCCCAGUUUAUUUUAAUAGAUUUUAGGAUUUACUCUUUACUUUUUAGGAUUUUCAUGGCAGUGUGGUAGAAAUUACUAACAAAUCUUAUGCAAUAGAAGUGAUUACUAAUAAGUUUAUAUGUAAUAGAAGUGAUUACUAAUAGUUUAUAUGUAUUAGAAUUGAUGCUUUUCUAUAGAUUCAAUACUGUGCAUCAACUUUGCUUUGUCUGUCAUUUGCUCUCCCCAUGUCACGACUUUCUUCAUCUCACGAGUUAAGGGUAUUUAUUCUGCCUGAGGCAGCAAUAUUAGGAAUAUCUUGACAGGGAAUAGACAAUGGCAAGAAAAUGCUGAAGGAUGUAUAUGUAUCAACAAAUUAUCUUACUUGGAGUAGCCACAUGACUUGCGUAUGGCGUAUGGAUCACAUGCUAUGUCUAAGAAGUGUCCAUGUAUUGUUGUAUUUCUGCAUGUAUGAGUUUUGGAAAAGAACAUUGUACUCAUGUGAUUUGUAUUACCACAAUGUAUCUAACGUGAGAGAACUUUGAGUAGUGUUAUCGUGGUAUCGUGAAUAAACCUGCAGUGUUUUUCUCA